GGUUGGUCCGCCAUCAUAAUCACUCGUGUGGGUCUGUGCUUGUGUGGUUUGGGUGUCUUUACCGGUGCCAACCUUUAUUUUUAAUUAGUAGUAAGGUAUGCGUAUGAAUCCAGACAUGGACGAUGAUGAGAAGGGAAAACUAUUUGUUGGAGGACUAUCAUGGGAAACAUCCCAAGAGAACUUGCAACGCUAUUUCUCACGUUAUGGCGAAGUGAUCGACUGUGUCGUCAUGAAGAAUAGCGAGUCAGGACGUUCGAGGGGCUUUGGUUUCGUGACAUUUGCUGAUCCUUCACUGGUCAACCUCGUGCUACAGAAUGGACCUCAUCAACUUGAUGGCAGGACCAUCGACCCUAAGCCGUGCAAUCCUCGCACUCUUCAAAAACCGAAACGUGGCGGUGGAUACCCUAAGGUGUUCCUUGGCGGGCUGCCAUCGAACGUUACCGAAACCGAUCUCAGGGUAUUUUUCGGACGCUAUGGGAAGGUCAUGGAGGUGGUCAUUAUGUAUGAUCAAGAGAAGAAAAAGUCUAGGGGUUUUGGAUUCUUGUCUUUCGAGGAUGAAAUUUCUGUUGAGAGAGUGACCCAAGAACACUUCAUUAAUCUCAACGGGAAGCAGGUUGAGAUAAAGCGCGCUGAGCCUCGAGACGGGUCUGGCAAGCUCGGGUCGGGAGGCGGCGGCAUGGGCGGCGGCGCCAUGAACGCGCCCGGGGACGCGCCCGCCGCCGGCCAGUGGGGGCCGCCCGCCGCGCCCAUGAACAUGAUACAGGGACACAACGGACAGAUGGGAGGACCGCCCAUCAACAUGCCCAUGGCAGGCCCUAACAUCAUGCAAGGGUACCAGGGCUGGGGCACGUCGCCGGGGCAGACGUCGUACGCGGGGUACGGCGCGGCGGGCGCGGGCGCGGGGCCCGGCAACUACCAGGGCUGGGGCGCGCCGCCCGCCCCGCAGGCGCCGCCGCACGCGCCCGCCUGGCCCGCCACCAACAACUACACGCAGCACGCGCAGCCGCCCGCGCAGUCCUACGGCAGCUACGCGAACUAUAGCUCCGGGCCGGCGGGCGCCUCGGCCGGCGGCAGCUGGACCAACUGGAAUAUGCCCCAGAACUCUAACUCUACUGGUUCUGGGUCGUACGUGCCGCUGUCGGAGGGCGGUGAGAUGUACGGUCGCGGGGGCGGUGCGGCGGCGGGCGGCGCGCCCCUCACCACGCCGCUCUCCUCGGCCGCGCUCUCCAAGUCCUCCUCCGCCGACUACUCCGCCUACCAGCAGUACCCGCCCGCCUACCAGCAGGACCAGGGGUCGUCGUACGGCGGCGGCGCGUCCCGCUACGGCGGCGAGUACCAGCAGCCCGCCGCGCAGCCGCCAGGUGUGCACGCGCAUCCGCAUCACGCGCCCAAACACUUCAACAACGAGUUUAACAAGGAGUGGCCCGCCGCAUAAACACAUCACACGCCCGCACACACCGCCCGCGCACGCACAGUGCCCGCGCACUGCCCCCGCCCUACCCCCGCCCUGCCCCCGCCCUACCGACUAGCCCCACACCGCACACAGCCGCACAGGUAAGGGAGAGCUGUGUGCCGUGACCGGGCGCCCCCCCGACGUGCCCCCCCCACCCAUAGCAAUACGAGAAAUAUUAGCUAAAAUGUUCGUGUUUAUAUAAAAGUAUUGAUGUUGUAAAACGCAGUUUUGUACAUGAAACGUAGUUAAAAGAAUUGAAGAAAAUAUUAAUUUUAAGAUCGCAUUUAUGACGAUGCAAAAUAAAUGGACAUACAAAAUAUAGACUUACAAAAAAUAUAAAUAUUGCCCUUCGAGAACGUGGUAAAGACCGACUGCAUUGACACAAACCCACACGCUGUUAACGUUUAUCGUAAGCAUAUUAAAAUAAUUAAAUUAAAUAAUUUUUUUAGAAGUUAAUUCGUUCGUCUCUUAAUUCGAUAAGUAAAUAAUGUAUUUAUCUCUUCUCUGAACGCUGGCGAAGUAAAUGAUAUUAUAGUUGUUUUGGAUUUGAGCUCGUCGUGAGAACAUCGGCGCAGGAGAAUGAUAUUACUCGGCUCUGUCGCGACCCCCGGCCCGCCCGGACGACGCGUGCUCGUGUACAACGAACGUACACUCUCUUUUUAUUCACUUUGCUUUUAUUAUUCUUAUAUGGAUGUGGGCUUUUUUUUCGUAGAUAUUUUUCUUUAGUUUUCAUGUUUCGAAUGUUUUUAUUUUCUCUCUCCACUAGUGGAGGAUUAGUUUGUGAAUUGAUUUCUUUUAAUGACGCCGGGCUGCCCGCGCCCCGGGUCCGCCCCGGCGCCCCGCGACGGACGCAUUUGACAGACAAUGUUAAACAAGGCCAAUUUUAGGGGAAAGAAGUCACCUAAAGAACUUAACUUAAGCUAAUGACUUGUAUAAAUAUUUCGUAUAUAUAUCGGUAUGUAUGUUUAAUAUUAGAGUUUUGGUUGUUUACCACCCACUAGACUUAGGAAAACGGUAGGUUUUUAAUGAAAUAAUUGUGUUAUAAUAAAUAUUUAACGAAACAUAGUAUGACUGAUCGUGUUGUAAUAAUUUUAAUUUUGUCCCGUUUUUUAAAGAAAAGGGAACGUACUGUAUAAAUAGUAAUUUUAAUAAUUUUUUCUAAUACGCAUUUUUAGUUUAUCGCAGUUUAUAUAUAUAUAAUUUUUUGUUCGUUUAAGUUGAUAAUAAAAUUAAUACGUUAUAAAUUAAAUAUACCUGCCAAAUUGUUAACGAGUAAGCGAUAAUAUCGUUAAAAGAAGCUCAAGCAUUUAGAUAUAGAAGGGCCGAGCCGUAUCCUCAGCUCGGGCACCCCUCGCGUGGACCGCGUGUAAAUAGGUCAUAAUAUUAAUGGAUUCUCUCGCCACAGGUAGAAUCAAAGGGUCUGUUUGGUUCCCGCGACUCGUAGUCUUCCCUGGCCGCGCUCAUUUAAACGUAUGCGAUAAACACACUGGCAAUUUUAGGGAAUUAAAUUAGCGUUUUUAGUUUCAUGUUAAAAAAUAAUCGUAACUAUAGAGGUCGGAAUAUUUGCCCCCAAUCGCGUGUAGUUUGAGGGCGCGUACGUCGCGUCUCUCCCAACCUGUCCGAUACGAAGUGAGGUUAUAAUUUAAAAUAACAAUGUUAGAUUAAAUUUAAUGUUAGUCCUUUACUGUGUACUAUAUCGCUCAAUCGUUUGACCGAUCGACUGAUUAAAAUUUUAGUGUUUAAGCUAAGUAAUUAAUCUCGGACAGCGGGAGGGAUCGAGGCUGCAGCGGACGCGCCCGGUUUAAGCGCGCUAGAUAUAUUUGUUAUAAAACGUUCUUACAUUGCAUACGAAAAAUUGAUUGAUGAUUACAUUCAAUGCAUAAUUAACGGUUUAGAUUAGGAUUAUUUAAGAUCGCUCCAUAAGUAAAUUAUAAUUUGUUGUAUCCAUUGAGGAACAUAGUGAAGUCUGUAAGCAAAUUUUAUUUAAGGGGUCCGCGGCGAGGGGUGCCGCGUCCCGUGUUAACGAUAAAAAUAGUGAAAAUGAGAAUGCCUUUAACAUUGUGAUGUUCAUAGUUAACUGAUAAUUGGAUACAUUUCUAAUAGUUAUAUUUGUAACAGUUCGGAUUGCGCGUACAGUUAUAUAGGAAGUUGAAACUCGUACAUUUAAGUAACAAUGAUCGUCUUAAUAACGUCGGCGCGUCUUAGGUUAGGUUGUCUCGAUUCAUUCCUCUCGCGUUCCUUUAGUCUGCAAUCUCUCGACCUCCUUCCUUGGUUCGUUUACGAUUUCUAUGUUUAAAUAGUAUUCGACUCGCCGAGCAUAGGUUUAACGUACAACCACCGAUAGCGAACGAAUGAAACCGUUCGAAUCUGUUUGUUAAUGUUAGGAAAAGUUGCCUUACAAAAAAAAAAAAAAA